GAACACUGCUGGUGACCCGACGUUGCCAAUUAAGAAAUUAGGUUAUUUCAAUAGGCUAUAAGACAGGCAAAAAAACCGGCGGCCUUUCCCAUACAUUUCUUAUUCGGAGAAGUGUUCAUAAGAUAUAGGAAAAUGAAUGGUGUGCCCAAUGAGAAACCUAUUGGCGGUCCACGGCUGCGGCUGUUCAACUGCGCCCACGCUGACUGUGGAGCGACUUUCACAAGACAGUGGAGACUGAAAGAGCACGAGACGGUGCACACCGGAGCGCGCCCGUGUCUCUGCACAAUUGCCGGCUGUAGUCGUCGUUUCUCGAGAAAAUCCCACCUGAGCCGCCACAUGCUUCAGCACGGAGGGGUGAAGCAAUUCCAAUGCAAAUUCGCGGGCUGCACGCAGAGUUUCUUCCAUGCAGGCAAGCUGAAAAGACACGUGCUCUACGCCCACGGAGACAAAAACAAGUAUUUCAAGUGCAACCAGCCAAACUGCUCCUUGACCUUCAAAAAACGCAGACAGUUUAAACUGCACUUAAAGGAGCAUGACGUGCCUAUUAAGUCCAAGUGUUCGAAGGAUGGAUGCUCUGCCACGUUCGACUCCCAUAUCGCCCGCAAAGCCCAUGAGAAGAAGCACACAGGUUACCGCUGCCCUCAUGCCAACUGCCAGGUGUUAGAACAUACCUGGGGGAAACUUCAGAAGCACAUGGCCAAACAUCCAGCCACAUUCACAUGCCAAGCGUGUAAGAAGGUGUUUAAGAAAGCGGAUGCUCUGCGGAGGCACAAACGCAUCCACGCUUCCCAUAAGCCCGUGCUGGUUUGUCCCAGGGACAAGUGCCAGGCUUACUUCUCUACAACCUUUAACCUGCAACACCACAUCCGCAAGGUGCACCUCGAGCUCCUCAAGUACAGAUGCUCCUUCCCUGACUGCCCACGCAUGUUUGCUAUGCGGGAGAGUAUGAUGAGACACCUGCUUCGCCAUGACCCAAGCGCCACCACUCUGAAGAAACGUCAGCGGCCUAAGAAGUCCUGGCAGAAGCGUUUGGAUGGACACCAUCUGCCCCUUGUGGAGGAAAACUUGCGUGGCCUCUUUGCCCUGCGAAUGCGGAUCUCCCGACGUGCCAAAGUGGAAACCAACCUUGCAGGCCUCUUCAAUGAACGCAAGAUCCCUCAUUAUGUUGACCCAGAAGUCAACCUGCGCAAUCUGUUUGGUAUGAAACAGCCUCGCCCAUUGGAAAAGCCUGAGGUCGUACCACUAAAAGGUUAAAUAAAAAUCAAUCCAGACUAGCAGCGCAUUUUGACUGUUAAGUUUGAACUUCCUGAAAUCUGUGCAGGCUUUUAAGUUGUACGGUUUUUCUUACAUUUUUGAGAAAUUGGGUCUUUUUUUUUUUAAAUGUAGAUGACGUACAUUAAAAUAUUUUAAUUUCAAAGUAAUUAAAUGAAUGUCACUUGACACAUUGAUUAGUAUGUCAAGCUUUUGAGAAUUUCAAACAUUGAAUUCUAGUUCAUUAAGACAACAGAUCUUAAUUGGAAUGUUUAUUUUGUAACGACAUUUGCUGACCCAAUAAAAUGAGUUACAUUUUGAUCAAA